AUGGCUCGGAUAUUAUUGAUUUACGCAGCCUUUUUCCUUUUCAUAACCUUAGUCCACCCUGUAAGCCCUCCACCGUUUUCUAAGACACUGGCUCCCACACCAUCUCCGUCCAUCAGCAGUAGAAUUGGGGGCGGAGGAGGAGGCGAGGGUGGUGGCGGUGGCAGCAGUGCCGGUCCGGGUAGUGCAGGGUCAGGGUUUGGUUCAGGGAGUGGGUAUGGCCGUGGAAGUGGUGGCGGUGGAGGAGGCGGAGGGGGAGGUGGUGGAGGUGGCAGCGGUGGUGGUAGUGGUUCUGGCUUCGGAGGUGGAACUGGCUUUGGAGGUGGUGGUGUUGGCGGUACUGGAGGAUUUGAUGGCUCUGGAGGUGUAGGCAUGCCUGGGAAAUUAGAUGGGAAGAGUUCCCCAGGCUACCAUUAA